AUGGCCAGGCAGGAGCCAGCUGCACCUCCGGCUGGCGCAGAGGCCCCUCCACUGCGGGCAGCACUGGGGGGCACACGCCGUGGCUCCCAGCUCCUGGACACGCCGGCCCGGCCCGCGGCACCGGCAAAGAGCACGGAGGAGGGCAAGGCCCCCGCGCUGCCCUCGCGCCGCAGCUCCGUCCUGAGCGGCCUCAACGCGCCCUUGGGCAGCCGCCGCAGCUCGCUCGGCGCGGCGCCCGCGGGCAAGCGCGCCGCCCGGCCGCUGCACACCCGCCUCAGCUUCUCGGGGCUGCCGCUCCCGCCGCCCCCGCACGAGCCGCGCUGCCGCAACACCUACAAGACGCAGCCGGACGAGGGCUGCACGUUCCACGCCGGGCGGGUGCAGCGGGUGCUGGAGGUGGCCCUGGCCGGCGCGCUCGGGGACGUGGUCUAUGGCACCCAGAGCGGUGCCCAGUUGGCCCACGGGCUGGCCGAGCUGCUGCGGAGUCGGGCCAGGGAGGUGGUGCCGCCCCGCUACAAGCUGGUCUGCAACGUGGUGCUCGGCCAGCGGGGCCAGCAGGGCCUGCUGGUGGCCAGCCGGGCUCUGUGGGACCCGCAGAGCGACAGCUUCGCCUCAGCCACCUUCUCCAACGCCACCCUCUUCGCCGUGGCCACGGUGCAUGGGCUCUACUUCGAGUAG